GUUUAACAAGAUGGCGGCGAGUGGGGAGAGGGCGCCCAGUUGGCCAGGUGCUGCCGCCGCGUCGAGUUCGGCGCUAUAGCUAACUAAAUAGGUACGCAGAGUGUUGUACAUUUAGAACGUUCACAAUGGCUACCGCGAAAGACACGUCUACUUUCUUUCUGGAGGCGGAUGCAAAACAGUUUGACAGUGUUUUAAAGUUAUAUCCACAAGCAAUUAAACUUAAAGCUGAACAGAAAACAAAGAAACCAGAGGAGCUGAUAAAAUUGGACAACUGGUACCAGAAUGAAUUACCAAAGAAGAUCAAAUCAAGGGGAAAAGAUGCACAUAUGGUACACGAAGAGUUGGUACAGCUGAUGAAAUGGAAGCAAGCCAGAGGGAAAUUCUACCCACAACUAUCAUACCUCAUAAAAGUGAACACACCCAGAGCAGUGAUGCAGGAGACGAAAAAAGCUUUCCGAAAAUUGCCAAACAUUGAGUCAGCGAUGACAGCAUUAAGUAAUCUCAAGGGUGUGGGCACAGCAACAGCAUCAGCUCUACUAGCUGCUGCGAGUCCCGAUAUAGCGCCAUUUAUGGCCGAUGAAUGUAUACAAGCCAUCCCCGAAAUGGAGGGGAGCGACUACACUGCCAAGGAAUACCUCAAUUUUGUUAAACAUAUUAGAAACGUCUGUGAUAGGUUAAAUAAGGAACAAAACGGCUGUGGCAAGAAAUGGUCACCACACAUGGUAGAGCUGGCGUUAUGGACACACAACAUUGUAUCAGAUUUACAACCAGAGCUGUUAGGCAAGGAACCAAAAUUAACCACACCAACAAACGGUGGCUCACCACUGCCCAGUGACGAAAGCAAUUUAGAACCACCCACAAAUGGUAAUGGCAAACUAUCAUCAGAGUGCGCGGAAGACAUGACAUCGUGCACGGAGGACUCGAUGGACGCGAAGGGCGCGUCCCCCUCCGACCCCGCGACCCCCGCCUCUCCCUCCGACAACUCCGACUCUGCGCUCAGCACGCCGCGCGCUAAAAGACAAAUAGAAGAAGCGAGUUCAGCAGAAGAGAGCUCGCUGGGCGACGCGUCGGAGGCAGCGCCGCCCGUGGCCAAGAAGCUGCGCGAGGCCACGCACUGACAGCGCCCCCACCGACCCCGCGCGCCUAUAUAAAUAGCUUACUAGACUUAAAAAACAUUGUACCUAGGUAAUUUAUUUUUCAAUUCCGAUUAAUUUUAACUUAGCUUAAGUUUUACCGGUCGAUUUUUGUAAGUUUUAUAGGGUAUUAAUUAAUUGAUUAAUUGGACGGUCGAUCGCGAUCGAUGAUUAUUAUUAUUAUUGUAAUUUAAUCGUUUUGACGGAUGCGUUUGGACUUCGGGCGCUCGAUUGUACAGCGGUGUUGCGGAGCGGCUCGCGGCCUUAGUUUCGUUCGUGAUGAUUUUCGAGUUAGCAUUCGUGACAUUCCAAUAAUUGUAACGAUAGGCGGCGAAGGGUUGGGGAGGCGAGGGGAAGCCGCGACAGGACCAGAUGCCUUGACAACACUCACUCCAUUGCCUUAUGAUACAGUCUGCCCGCAGAGUUUAUAUGCAACAAGAUAAUACAAAGGACGUGUUACCCGGGCGCCGGGCACACGGGCCCACAAUGUAGUUUUUAUUGAACAAAUAUAAGAUAUUAAUUUUAUAA